GGUUUUUUUUUUUUGUUGCAGGAUUCAUAGCAACAGUUCUGCUCAUUUCCUUACAUAGUCUGCAGCAUCUACAGACCUCAUUUUCUGCCAUGAAGUUGUUUAAAUUGCAGAGUCUAAAAUUCUUGUGGACUCUGAAGCCUCCUAACAGGACUCUCCAUGGACACCCCAGGCUGCUUGCCUCUGAUGUGCAUUCCCAAUAUGAGUCCAUCAGACGAGGCAAACAGGAAAUACCAAAGUACUUUAACUAUGCAAGUGAUGUACUGGACAAAUGGGCUGAGAUUGAAAAGGCUGGAAAGAGACCACCAAACCCUGCGUUUUGGUGGAUAAAUGGAAAAGGAGAAGAAGUGAAGUGGAGCUUUGAGGAGCUGGGGUUCCUGUCUCGGAAAGUGGCCAAUGUGCUGACUAAAGAAUGUGGGCUGCAGAAGGGGGACAGACUUAUUGUGAUCCUACCACGAAUCCCAGAGUGGUGGCUGGUGAAUGUGGCUUGUAUGAGAGCAGGAAUUGUCUUAAUUCCAGGAGUAUCCCAGUUAUCAGCCAAAGACAUCCUAUAUCGACUCCAGGCAUCAAAGGCCACGUGCAUAAUUACCACUGACAAACUGGCUCCUACAGUGGAUUCGGUGGCAUCUGAGUGUCAGUUUCUGAAAACCAAGCUAAUGGUGUCCAAGGACAGUAGGGAAGGGUGGCUGAACUUCACUGAGCUCUACAAAAACCAAGCUGCUGACCAUUCCUGUGUGAAAACAAGGAUUCAAGACCCAAUGAUUAUCUUCUUUACCAGUGGAACCACAGGUUCUCCUAAGAUGACUCAACAUUCCCAGGGCAGUCUUGGUUUCAGACCCCUUUUAAGUGAAAGGUAUGAAAGGCUCGAGCCUGAUUUGAACAUAGUAAUUGAAGCUGCAUAGUAGAACCGGCGAAAAAUUACUGAGUAAGAAAUACCAAUGUGCAGCUCUGGUCCUUCUCCCUUUGAAAUCGGAGUACAAACUCCAGCAAAUUUCCAGGGGAGUAGGAUCAUCCCCAGUGUUUCUAUUUUUUAGUUAAUAUCUCUUACCCUCUUUCCAGAGUGGUUCAAAGGACAGCUGUCAGCUGGGAAUAUCACAGUGCAGAGAACCAAGAGAUACCACACUGGGCUGCAAAAAGCUCUGUGAUGUGUGUAGAUGAGCAGAGUUUGUUGGUUGCACAGGUCACUCGGUCUCUCAGCAGCCUUAGAACUGAAAUGUCUGGUCUCCAACACAGAAUCCAUGAAUGCUGCAGUUUCAGCCCUAUCUUCCUACCUACUGGAAAGCCACUGCAUUGAUAUUCAGACUCCCCUCUCUGCCCCACUCUAUCCUAU